GGCGCUGCAGUCAAUGGGUGUUACCAGAUUCCAUGACAGUUUGAUAGAUAUUACUAUUACUGAUGAUACUAGGUUGUAGUUUUGGUGCCGACAGUCAAUUCUGUUAUAAUUUUUGAUGUUACUGUUUUCAGUAAAGUUUGUUUUUCAUGUAUUAUUAAGUUAUUUUUUUACUUAACUAGUAUCAAUGAUAAUUAACCUAGACAAUUGGUCAGCCUAUUUAAAUAUUAAUAAUAUAGUUUCAAGGAAAUUAAAUCAUGACUUGGGGAUUCAUUACUUGCGGUCCAAAUGAAGCAUUGGUGAUUUCCGGAUGCUGUUAUGGUAAACCAAAUUUAGUACCUGGUGGUCGAGCUUUUGUUUGGCCAAUUAUUCAAUGUUGUCAAAGGAUAUCUUUAAAUACAAUGACAUUACAAGUUGAAAGUCCUAAAGUUUAUACAAGUCAAGGUGUACCACUAUCUGUUACUGGAAUUGCUCAGGUUAAAGUUCAAGGUCAAAAUGAAGAAAUGCUUUUAAGUGCAUGUGAACAAUUCUUAGGCAAGUCCAUAGAAGAAGUCCGAGAAAUAGCAUUGCAUACUCUUGAGGGCCAUCAACGAGCAAUAAUGGGAACAAUGACUGUUGAGGUUUAUUUCAUAAAGUUUUAAAUAGUAUUAUACAUG